AUGUCAUGUGUGCCCAUCGCUCCGCCAGCGAACCUUCAGCUCCAGUCGCCUCUGCUCUGUCUUCCUGCAGAAAUCAAGAAUGCCAUCUACUGUCACUGCUUCGUCACGGCUGAGCCUAUCAUAGACGCCAUUGUUGGAUCUCCGAGGUCUAAGGAUGGAAUAGCUCCCAGUCUUGGUGUCAACAUCCUCCAGACAUGCCGCCGCGUCUACUACGAAGCCGACCGCCGCCCUCUGUUCGCCCAGAAUCGCUUCCGUUUCUCGACCGUCGACCGCGUCCGCUGCUUCUUCAGAUCUCUGGACAAAUACGAGAUAUUCCGGGACAGUGUAAAGGAUAUUGAAAUCGAUGCGCGACACGUCCAUUCCGACCACCCAGGUAUUGCAAGAGAAUGGUUGCAUUACCUAGCAUGGGGAGGAGGAGAUUGGGGAAAGACCUUGGGUUCUCUCCGUGUUGACGCUCCUGGGCUGAAGUGCCUGCGGCUGAACUUUGAGUCAUGGCCUUGGAUACCGAUGUUCCGAGCUGAACUCUGGAACCUCUUGAGGAGCAUGCUAAUGCAAGUCAAGGGCCUAGACAGAGUAGUCAUUAUCGGAGCUAGCAAAGGCAGAGGCAUGAUUGCACAUGCGCCCUGGUCACCCGUCCAUUUCGUUGGCGGUGACGAUGUGGGGUCAGACGAUCUAGUCGAGCGGAUGUGGAAGGUUGUGCGUGGUGGUGAAGACGACAUUGCCAACAAACUCGUGAGAUGGGAGCGUCAAAAUGGGAGGUUGUAUCUGGAGGUCAUUACAAAGCCGUACCUGGUCAACCAAAUUGACCGCACAUGGGCCGGCCCAUCCAUGAGGAACAGCUGCACCGACGCAUGGCCCGAGAAUGGUUCCUGCACUUGGUUCGCGUACCACAAUCGCCAUUCGAACGUUAUUGAGCCCACUACGAAGGGUCUCAAUCCCAGCGCCUUCGGAUGA